AUGAACCCAAUAGCUUUAUCACUGUACGUCGACUUAAUUAGAGAAAACUUUGACAUUUUUAAUUCAACUCUUCAAGUUUUAGAAUUAAAUCUCGGUAAUGUGGAUUUUGUUUCGGGUCGUACAAUCAAACUUCCCAAAACGGUGUGUAAAGUGUCGUCAAACUAUGGCAUGGCAGGAUUAAUGAAACUGAUACUUGAAAACCCACAAGACGUUGACACAGAUACUGCUAUUCGUUUUUCUAAAGCACCUUUAAUACCACUUAAAGACAAAAAAUGUUCACCCAAAACGUCAAAGAAAAGCAAACAGGACAAAUACAAAAACAAAGAAGUCACAAAAAAAGUCACCAAGAAAAAACACCAAAGUGACUUCAAUGGCGAAGAAAACUUGGACUAA